CACACUGAUUUCCACACCUCUCUUCCAUAUAUUUCAUUUUGUAUAAAUAGGUGAAAAUGGCUCCAAGAGCUUUCCUUCUUCUUAAUCUAGCUUUUGCUGUUGUCCUUCUCAUUAACUCUGAGGUGGUUGUAGCUACGACGUUGGCUGAAAACACUAACAGUGAGUCUAAGGCUGGUGGACAUGGAGAACACAUCAUAGGUGGUAGUAUUGGAAGGCAUGACAAAGGUGUUAAGCCCGGUAAGGGUUUAUACGAUCCAAAUAAUCCUGGACAUAAAGGUUGCAAGCUUGGUUGUUGUACUGGUAAAUCUUACCACAUUAAAGGAGGGUGCAAGUGUUGCAAGACGUUUGCAGAGGCAACUGCUUACAAACAAACUCAAAACUAAUGGAAACAUCGAGAAAUAACCAUCUUUUCAGUCAUAUACUAAAAAGAUGUUUCACAAUGCAGUUAUGCAUUAUGUAGUGCUUAUAUGUAAAACAAAUAACUAGCAAGACUUCUUUCGAUGAAAGUAUGCACUUAAUAUGUAUUGUAAAAUAAGAGAUCUUUGAACUCUUAUGUCCGAAAAUAUAUCAUUUUGAAUGCCUUGUUUUAA